CGCGACCUUCCGCCCGGUUCACCCGUCACACUCCAACCAAACCGGCUAAGAUGGUGCUCUCCGCCCUCGUCUCCAUGGUCGCCCCCGCCGCGCGCCUCGCGCCCUCCAGGGUCGCCCCCCAGCGCGUCGCGCAGGCCCUCCGCGCCCCCGCGUUCCGCCCCCGCGUCGCUUUCCACGCCGCGCGCGCCGUGUCCGCCAAGUACGCCUCCGAGAAGAAGGGCGACUACCCGUCCAUGGACUUCCGCAUCUUCUUCUCCGAGGACGGCAAGCCCGUCUCCCCGUGGCACAACGUCCCCCUCCACAACGCCGACGGCACCGUGAACUUCAUCUGCGAGAUCCCCAAGGAGACCAAGGCCAAGAUGGAGGUUGCCACGGACGAGGAGCUCACCCCGAUCAAGCAGGACACCAAGAAGGGCAAGCUCCGCGAUUACCCCUACAACAUCAACUGGAACUACGGCAUGCUCCCCCAGACCUGGGAGGACCCCGGACACGAGCACCCGGAGAUGAAGGUCAUGGGAGACAACGACCCCGUCGACGUCGUGGAGAUCGGAUCCGCCGCGCUCGAGAUGGGCUCCGUGACGCCCGUCAAACCCGUCGGCGUUUACGCGAUGAUCGACGACGGCGAGCUGGACUGGAAGGUGAUCGCCAUCUCCGCGGCCGAUCCCAAGGCGAAGGACAUCAACGACGUGGAGGAUGUCGAGAAGCACUUCCCGGGUGAGCUCGAGAAGAUUCGCGUGUGGUUCAGGGACUACAAGACCCCGGACGGCAAGCCCCAGAACAAGUUCGGCCUCGACGACAAGUGCAUGAACAAGGAGUACACCAUGGGCGUCAUCGAGGAGACGUCCAAGUUCUACCAGGACCUCCUCUCCGGCAAGACCGAGAACAAGAAGGGACUCUCCCUCAAGUAAAAUCACCGCCGUCAAAGUCUUACAUUCGUCACGCGACUGGAAGCUAGAGAACACAUUAUUUUUAUUCAACGCAAUCUCAUCGAUGAGCUCA